AUGGCAGAGAAAUCAAACUCAAACAAAGAGCACCCUCUUGCAGGGGUUGUCCUUUGCUUCACGUCUAUUCUACCAGAACAGCGGACUGAGUUGGCUACCAUUGCAGGCCAGAUGGGAGCAGCUCAUAAAUUUGAUUUGACAUCUGAUGUUACCCAUUUGAUCGUCGGCGACAUAAGCACCCCGAAAUACAAGUUCGUCGCGCGAGAGCGAAAUGAUGUCAUUGUUCUCAAACCAGAAUGGGUCGAGGCGGUGCGUCAAUCGUGGAUGGAGGGAGGUGAUACGGACAUUAAAGCACUGGAGUAUGAAUAUAGGCUUCCGACAUUCGCGGUGGCCUUCCGAAACCACAUCCAAAACACGUCCAAUGCGAACGGAGCCGAAUUCAAGAAGGAUCUGACAAAGAGCGUUACGCACCUUAUCGCACGAAAUACAGAGGGUCAAAAGUAUAAAUUCGCAACACAAUGGGAUAUCAAGGUUGUUACAAUACGAUGGUUCAACGACAGCCUGGAACGUGGAAUGGCUCUAGAUGAGGCUCUGUACCACCCCCUUCUGCCGGAGCAGGAACAGGGUGUUGGGGCCUGGAAUCGCGCAGUAUCUACAGCCAAAGCAAAGGGCCUAGAAAACGAGAGCUCGUCCAAUCCUCGACCAAGAAAGCUACGUCGGAUUGCCAGCGCUAAGCUGGUCGACCAAAAUGAAGGGAUAUGGGGAGAUAUUGUAGGAACGGGGUUUGAGAAUGGCGAAUUGAAGCGGUCUAGGAGCAGUCAGCCACUGAUAAAACAGACAUCUAUAGUCCAAGAGGCCAGGUCAUUCGCCAGUGAGACCACAUUCGCAGAAGCCCAGGGCCAGAAGUCCUCUGAAACAAGAAGCCGACACGAUGGCUUUCUGCACGAUUGUUUCUUCUUCGUCCAUGGCUUUUCGUCGAAACAGGCAAAUGUACUGCGCCAUCAUCUUUCCUUUAACGGGGCGCAAUUAGUAGGAUCCUUGAGCGAAUUCUCUCGACCAGAAAUCCCUAAAAGGGGCAAUGGCCUAUAUAUUAUUGUACCACAUAAAACAUCGCAAGACCAGAUUCCUUCCACGGAUGAUCUCGCCUUUGAAUGUGAGGUGGUAACGGAUAUGUGGCUAGAAAGAUGUCUUGAUGCAAAGGCUUUAAUAUCACCAGAAUCUCACGUGGCAAACACUCCAGUUCGCAACUUUCCUAUUGAAGGAUUUCGUGAGAUAAAAGUUUGCUCCACGGGGUUUUCCCGCAUAGAUCUUUUGCACCUGUCGAAACUCGUCGACUUAAUUGGCGCAUCGUACAAUGAGUACUUGACGUCUAGUGCAUCAGUUCUAGUCUGCAAUGAUUCAGCCACUGUGAACCAGGACAAGCUCCGGCAUACUUAUGAAUGGGGAGUUCCAGCAGUCACUGCUAAUUGGCUUUGGGACUCUAUUCGCAGUGGUCAGAAACAAUCAUUCGAACCAUAUCAUAUUCGAAAACCCACUUCUCAAAGCAGUAGGGAUCUAGAGAUGCUCACUGGCUCGCGCCCCGAAAAGCGACCACUCGAAAGCAUCACUGAUAGCAACAAAGUCGCAGAACCGCAUAUAGAAACCCAAAGAACCGACCCAAGCCAACAACGCACGGAGACCACACGAGGAGAUACUUUGCGGAAGUCAAAAACAGACGCUUCGCAUAGUCCUACCCCCGCAUCGCGCCCGCAAUCAAAAAACCCAUCACCAACAAAGAACCAUAACCAAAACACUUCUCACUCCAUUGACCUCUCCGUCGUAGGCGGGUUUCUCAAACAAGCCCGAGAAGCAACCUCACGCCCAGCAUCCGACCCAUCCGAGCACGACAGCCAGAACCGAUUAAGAAAACGCAAGCCCCUACUAGGACGAGCGCCCUCACACUCCUCCGUCCGCGGCCUCGAACAUUAUCAAAAAGACUUCUCGCGCGCUAGCUCCAUCGACACCCUGAACGAAGAUGGCUGUGGCAGCAUCAUAGAAAGCAUUAACAAUGAUAGAAUCCCCUCCCUUGCAAACAGCGGCCGGUUCGAAGUCGCCGAGGACGAACAAUAUCGAUUUCAAGACGAAAACGAGCCCCAGUCGCCGCCGAUGACCCAAUUAAACUACGAGGAUCCGGAUGCGCUCGCAAUGCGCGAAAAAUUUCUUCGCCACGCUGGUAAAUUAACUGAUAAAAAGCCAUCUACAGAUCAAAGUCAGGAUAUUGGGGAAAUAAAAGAUUUAGAGAACGCAGGCUGGGGAACUGGGCGGCGGACGAGGAAUGCAAGUAAAGUUAUCAGGGAUGUUUAG